AUGUCUUAUGAUAACUAUUGUCAACUGGCUGCUGCUGAAUCUCAACUUAUUCGAGAGCAUCAAGUUGCAAAACGAAGAAUCGAGAUAACAAAUAUAAUAAAUAAAAAAAUUGAAAUUGAAACUUUUAGCACUAAUGAAGCUCAGUCUUCUCCAUCUACUCUUGUUCUAAGAGAUACAAUUAAGUUAAAACUUAGAGGUGAUGGCCAUAAUAUUAUCAAUAUUGCAUCUUGGUGGGAUAUGGAUCAAGAUUGGGCUAAUACUGGAAAUUCUAAAUGCAUGAAAAAACCAGUUUUAUUUCUAGCAAUUGAUCAAAAAAAUUACAUUUCUGAUGAAUUAUACUUGUUUUUAUGCAUAUCAGAUGUUUUAAUGGAAUGUUUAUUUAAUGAUUUGUUUAAAAAAAAAGAAUUCGAAAAACAAAUAAAACUAAUCAUUGAGGCAGCGUUCAAUGACCUUGCAAUUCAAUUUGAAUUUUUUAAAUUAAUAGCAGAUGUUAUACCAUAUAUGCAUGUAUUUGCAAAAUAUAUAUUUUUAUUUAUGCAGCAAUUAAAAGCUGAAGGUCUCUCUUUACAAUUUUUUUCUACUUCGAGUAUAGAAAAAAAAACUAUGAUCAGUACUACGAUGGAAGGUGAAAAUAAAGAACAAUCUGUUGUUUACAAUAUUAUGUCCUUUGAAAAUCGGCACCUUUUUUAUUUAACUAAUAAUACUUCUAAGAAGACUAUUAUACAAAAUAUCAAUGCAUAUAAUAAGAAAAAUUUUCAGCUUAGCUGGUCAAAUCGGUUGGUUAAUUUCUUAUAUUAA